AUGGCGAUCCGGUCGGCGCGGUUGAACACCGCUAACCUAGGAGGCCGGUUCUGGGAUACCAUCCGCGAGAAUUGGUAUCUGGGCUUCACUUCCUUUGGAGGACCCCCCGUUCACUUCAAGAUCUUCAAUGACAAAUUCGUCACCAAGUUAUCAUGGAUCGACCAACAGAUGUACCAAGAGCUCUUCAGCGUCUGUCAAGCUUUCUCGGGGCCUGGCAGCACAAAGAUGCACUACUGCAUCAAUCUAAUCCAUGACGGCUUUCUACCAGCACUUCUAGGCUUUCUGAUUUGGAGUCUUCCCGGUGCUCUUGGCAUGUAUGGACUCUCCAUCGGGGUCUCUAAUAUCGGCGAGUCCCUCCCACGAGCUGUCUAUGCUCUUCUUUCCGGUCUCAACGCUGCUACUGUCGGCAUUAUCGUUCUUGCAGCGGUUCAGCUAUCAGAAAAGGCCGCCACUGACACCAUGACGCGGAUUUUGGUCUUCCUAGGCGCCGCAGCAGGGUUGAUGUAUAAUGCGCUCUGGUAUUUCCCUUUGCUCAUGUUCGUGGCGGGCUUGGCGACUGUUGUCCACGACUUCCGCUGGCUCCACAGGGCUGUCAAAGCUAUCGCUACGAUGUUCAAGAGGGAGGCCAGGCAUUCGUCAGAGGACGCUGUUGAGAUGCAGAUUCAGCAGGAAGCUGCUGCGAGAAGUGCUGCUCAGCCAAGUCAUGGACGCGAAACUCUUCCGGUUACGGAGCAGGACGCCUCGACAACUGAAGACGAGCCUCGAGUUGUACCUCAAGAGAGACGUCUCAACAUCGGCUGGAAGUUUGGACUAUCUCUUAUCGUCCUCUUCCUAAUCUCUUUCGUGGUGAUCAUGGUCCUCCGUGGAACAUUGCCGAAUAAGCCACUCUUAUACAGCCUCUUCUCCAACAUGUACCUAGCAGGUACUAUCAUUUUCGGAGGAGGGCCAGUGGUGAUUCCCCUCCUCCGUGAAUACAUCGUCGCCGAGAAUUGGGUCAGCCCUCGAGACUUUCUCAUCGGUCUCGCCCUCAUUCAAGCUUUUCCAGGGCCCAAUUUCAACUUUGCGAUAUAUCUCGGGAGUCUCACCGCUAUCAACGGCGGCUUCAACUCUGCCGCCGGCGCCGUCCUCGGGUUUCUGGGUAUAUUUGUCCCUGGGUUGAUUACGGUUCAUGGAACAAUGGGCGUCUGGGGUGCGAUACGUGGAUGGAGAUGGGUCAAGUCGUCACUACGAGGAGUCAACGCCGCUGCUGUUGGUCUCAUCUACACAGCAGUAUAUCGUCUUUGGCAGAUCGGAUACAUCGAUCAAGGGUUUCAGCAGGGCACCAGUUUAGCUGUGGAGCCUUGGUGGGUUGUUGUGACAGCUACGAGUUAUGUGGGCGGCUAUUGGUUUCGGAUCAGUCCGCCAGUGGCCAUUGUCACAGGAGCUCUCAUGGGUCUCAUUUGGUAUGGUGUUGUGUCUAGUUGA